GAAGGGGGAGGGAGUGGCCGAGUAAGAGGACCCGCGACUCACUCGGCUUGAGACUGUGCAGACAGCGAGCACGUGCACGAUAGCGGUGCGCAGAGCGGAUAGCGGAGGCAGUCCUACAUGUCGACAGCUUCCGUCGUCUAUUAUGUCAUCCUGGCGGCACUCGAGACCGGUAUUCUGGGCAUCCGUAUCCUGUCGUUGGAUGUUCCACAGAAGGUGAGCGUCGGACGUGAGGCGCAGCUCAAGUGCGCCUACGACUUGGAGGGAGACCUGCUCUACUCGGUCAAGUGGUACAAGGACGACAUCGAGUUCUUCCGUUACGUGCCGUCUGACCGGCCGCCGGGGCAGUACUUCCAAGUGAACGGCAUUCGAGUGGACAUGUUGCGGUCUCACAACGGGAGUGUGGUUAUUCGCGGAAUGGACGCCACCUCAGAGGGUAGCUACAAAUGCGAAGUCUCAGCUGAUGCUCCUUCCUUCCGGACAAUAUUCGCCGAGAAGAUGAUCCGAGUCUCCGGAGCGCGGGCAACCUUCAGCGGUGACAGCUGCCAACGACUGCUGUUGGUCGUGUGCCUGGCAAUUCUCGUGCUCCAACGCAGCGCGCCCUGGAUUACAAUCACCAAGUGACAGACGUAACUACAGGGAUUGUGCUCCAUGAACUCACUGUGAACAACGGAUCGCACGCAACAUCGCGGGCCUUGGAACGCGGAAACACGAGCAUGGAACGUGCUUCAAUAGGCGACACUCAUCGGACAUAACGCAAACGAAGUGCGCAGUGUGUGGUGCGGCGCGAAUCUAAGGGCUACAUACCCCAUUCCGGGGCUCCACAGCUUUCGGGGUUCAACCUGCGUUGUGGUAUCGUACAUGCAUUGACAUUGGAGCGUACAUUUCAGACGGACAUUCGCUGUAUAUAUCUUUAUGAUAACGAAAAGAGAUUAUGUCGGUUCUAAGAAAUAUAGUCUACGAAACGUUCUUCUUGAGAUAAACAUUAUUGCCAGAAUUGGGUGCCUGUUCGCCAGUGUCUGUACAAGAAAAAUCAUCCAUCGAGAAAGCCGUGACCAUUAAUAUGGAACAUCAAACAAUGCCACCUUCCCGUUCACUAUUAAACUACGCAUUCCAAACUGCUAAAUAUUGUAAUAAGUAUUAUCGAGUAACCGGUUUCACUGCAGACAUCGCUGGGGUAACCCAAAUAACGAUAAAUAUAUAUUUUUUUAAAAUUCUUCUUUUGAUGUAAUUACUUUAUCACUGUCUCCGUUCCACUCUUCGGUCUCUAUCACGUGUGGCACCACGUUCAUUGUAUAUUUCGUUUACAUCUCGAAAUGUAAUCCUUAUUUCUGUGAUGUCCUCAGCAAAAUUACGUAAAACCCACAUCCGGUAUUACAUGGUAGAUCUGUAGGUUCGAACGGGGCUUACUGUUAUUGCCGACAGUCCACCCGUGUGUUGUGGUGGCUGGCCCCAUUGGCGUUCCGCUGUCGGCGUGGGAAAUUCCUCACUCUCCAUUACUUGUGCUUGUUUGGCUAAUUACUUGCAUGCAUGUACAGAUCCUCGUCGCACUUGCACAAAAUAUACUAUGGCCACGAAAGAAAUAAAUUUGAGUUCAGGCAAAAGACCUGUGACUUGAGCAGUGUUAUCUUUUAAAAAAAUCUCCAAACAAGGUUAUCAACAGAACACGGCCGCGAUCUACUGGAACUCAACGUCCGUUAUUGUUUUCUUCACGGUCAGAGUAGCUAGUCGACGACCGUCGAAAGGCGAGAAAUGUGUUAUUGGCUAUGUUGCUUGGUGUACUGAACAGAUAAAUAGGCAUGCAUUUCAUGGAACAACCAACGACCAAACAUAUUCAGACUUAUUAUUUUGCUGCGCGCCACCAGACCAGCCUUGAAAGCUUACUGCAUUCCACAUAUUUCAAGAGUUUAUUUAAAUCUAUAUAACACUGAGUGUGAAUGCUCUCUCUUUCUUUCUCUCUCUUUUCUGUAAGCAGAACUCGGACACAGGUUGUAUGUCCGCGUCGCCGAUGUACAGCCUAACUAUAUAUACAAUGAAGACGUUGAACUGCUUUGGUUAGAGAACGCACCUUUUUCGUGGUCAACGUAUACGAAUGCCACUGCUUGAGCAAACGUUGAGCGGUCGGCUGUGCGGGUACCGAUGCCGCAGCCACUGACUUUGCCCCGCACAAAACGUGUGGUUACUACACGAAACAUUUCGCGGCGCAGCCUGCUUCCUUGGGAAAAGUAAUCACAGUAGAAUAAUCAGUUGAUGCAUCGGAAGUCAUUCCGCGGUUCUCGACAGAUACCACUGGGAUUCGUGUUUUUCUCGCCUGCCUUGCACGACCUAUUGCAGUAAUUGUAAAUUGUAUUGCUUCAAAUCACUCCAAGUACAUUUUAAAUAGAAGUCCCAACGUCUCGCGCCUGUACUGUAGCGCUCCCUUUCGGCAUUAUUCUGAGCGACUUAUGCGCGCUUUUCAAUUCCACUUCCAAUGCGACCUUUAAUAGUUUGAAACUUCCAAUGCGACAUCAUAGCGACACGGAAUCGGCGAGAGCCUUAGACUUUCUUUUUUAGCUUCUCCAUCGCUUGCUUAUUGGCGAUGCCUGUCGAACGAGGGUGGAAUGAAUCGCGCACCCAAGAUAAGGGGCCUUAAAAAGCGAAAUUCAUUUUGAAUACGAGCCGACGACGGGAUUGAAGCCGUCAAUUCGUAAUCCGGACUCGUAAAACGAAGAAAGACGUGUCUCUCUGCGAUCCUAAUCCCCCGUCACAGUCCAUUUGCCAGGGUGCUUUUUGUAAAUCUGGACAGAGGCUUAACAGAUUAUGACAUAUGCACAUACGACGA